AUGUAUCAGCAUAGCCCCAGCUAUACGCAGCCUACCGGGUCGACGGUGUACCCGGGACUUCCUGGCUACAGUCAUCCAGCGCCCGCAAACCCAGCGCAUACCACAUCAUAUAACGCACAAACACCUCACCCGUAUCCGCCCAGUCUGCCUCCACCGCAACAGAAUCACCUCAAUGCUAAUGCGAUGAUGGGUGCACCAUGGGGUGCACCUCCGCUUCCUAAGCCGGGGCGGGGGGGUUGGGGACCUCACGCCCACGGCAACAACCAUUCGUCCAAACCUCGACAACACAACAAUAACAAGCGUGAUCACACUACCGCGUUCAAUAAGCCGCAAAACACAGUUCCGCGUACUCCUGCUGCGCCGGCUGUUCCCAGCUUUGGAAAUCCGCUACCUUCAAAACCUCCUCCGGUCGCAGAUGCAACGCGCAAGAACAAGAAACGCAAAAGAAAGCACAACCAACUCGGCUUGACGCCCAAGACCGAUGAUCACGAAUCCAGCGAAGAAGAGGAGGAAGUGGACGAGGAAGCUAAGCUGGCACAGACCGGCGCUGAUGCUGCGGCUCCUCUCCAGUUCACCUACCGUGGCCAAACAGCCACACUACAAUCACAGUCCGACAUCGCGGCCUGGAUUGCUGAGCGGAAAAAGAAGUUUCCCACGCAGGCCCGUAUCGAUGAGAAGAAAAAGGCUGCCGAGGAAGCCAAGGCCGUCCGCGAUGCCGCCCGACUUGAGAAACAAAAGGAACGGGAAAGGGACAAGGCCAAGGCCAAACCGCAAGACAACUCGACGGCUCCGACCAGCGGCUUGGCCACCACGCGCAGUUCUGAUCCUGCUCUGGAUGCGGCCAUGAAGGCGCAGCGCAAGGCCGAGAAAAUCAAACGCCACCUUGAUCGGGAGCAGAAACGGUUUGCCAAGGCAGAGGCAGAGGCUGAAGCUGCGCGUUUGAAGGUAGAGGCAUUGCAAAGACAAGCGCAAGGCUUGAAGUCACAGGACUUGGUUCCCGAACACAAUGUAGCGCCUGCUGGUGUCAAGCCUGGCAUCACCUUGGCGGCAGACGGCACGACUACAACAACAACGACAACAGCAGCCGAUAUCAAUAUACCUCAGGCAGCAGAUUCAACGUUACCCUCCAGUGAAACCACUGUAUUUGAGCCUGCUUCCGUCUCAGCAAUCGGUGCAGUGUCCGAUGCAGCCCUUGAACAAAUCAAUCAAAACGCCGAUCCCGAUCCUGUACUUUCCGAACUUAGCGACUGGACUUCGUCGAGUGGAUCAGAUGCCGGCAGCGCCUUGGACUUUGAUUCUGACUCUAAUAGCGGCGAUUCCGCUCCAGAAGAAGUGAGCUCGCGGCGACAGGGUCCCGAGCGGGUACCCGCACCACCUCGGGAAGGCAAAAAAACCGUCUGUCGGCACUUUGCGCGUACCGGGCGAUGCAAAAUGGGGGAUCGAUGCAGAUUCUCCCAUGAGGCCGGUGAGCGAGGAUCCAAGACGAAACCAGUCGAGAAGGAAAAGAAGGGGCGGAAAGGCCUACUUCAAGCUCUUGGAUUUGGGAAUAUGCGAUUAGAAGACAAGACUGAUGAUCUAUCUACACAGCUACUGGGUCGUCAAAAAGAAGACGAAGACCGCCGGGCGAUGGAGGUGAUUACUUGGUUGGGUCAAAAUGGUCACCUCGCGCCACCAGAACCGCCGAAGGAUGACGUUCAGCCAGGGCUACAUGAUGAUGCCGCAAAGAAUUUCGCCAUUGACGAUCCACUGGUAACAAAAGGAACAGGUGAUCUGCCUGUCAACGAUCAACCAAAUGAUUUGCACACUGGCUUUAUCCCGUCGGAUCCUUCGGCUCUUCUUGACAUUGGCAUUUUUGUACUCGGUGACACAAUUCAGGACACUGUGCCAAGGCUCGGCGCCGAGAGUCUUGUGCGCAAUCGAACAACUGAUCUCUCCAAUGAGGCCGUGUUUACGAAUCUUGACCCGUCUUGA